UCAUCAUCAUCAUCAUGCAAGUGACAGAAAUAAAAAAGUUGUUUAUGGUUACAGUGGUGAUGAUACAAAUAGUGAGCUCGGUUUGUGCAACAAGUAGGCCCAUUGCUUCCAACCACGCUACUUUUUAUCCAGAUAUACUAAGCCCACAUCACAGCUCUAAUAGGCCAACUUUGAAGCCCAAUGAAAGAAAAGAUAUAGAGGAGAUGGAGAAAAGAAGAAGAAUAGGAUCAAAGCCACCAACUUGUGAGAAGAAAUGCUAUGGGUGUGAGCCAUGUGAAGCAAUCCAAGUCCCUACCAUAUCUUCAAGCCCCCACCUCUCUCCUCAUUAUGCUAAUUACAAACCUGAGGGUUGGAGAUGCCACUGUGCCCCUUAA